CUUGCAAGAAGCAUUUGAGGAAAGCUCCAUGGAAAUGUGUGAGCGGAAUCCCUUAAAUCCCGGCUAUGUUGGUUCUCUGUUGAAUUUAACUCCCCCUGAGUCGCUGUAUUUCUCCAACUUGCGGGGUAAUGGAGCCCACAUACCCGGGCUGCACCAGAUCUCUUACAAUAGGAGAGAGGUGUGCACGCUUCCGUGGACUUCAAGUUCGUGUACGUCAGGACCAGCAGCACCACCACAGAGCCGCGCCUUUGGAGGCUACUGUCCGCCGUUUCUGUCCAACUCGGUGUCUAUAAAUACUAACUCCAGCGGCCACGUCAAGGCGCAUCUGGAGGAGUCAGCUCGAUGCUUUCAGGUCACAAACCACAAGACAGAGGAGUCUGGCAGGCGUGAUGAGGUUUACGCCGGGGAGCAUGGGCCCUCCAGUGACCGAGGCUACUCAGACCUAGACAGCCGGUCUCACAGUUCUGCGGCCCAACUUGAUCCCGAUUCAGCAGGUCCACUAAAUGUGAACGGCACCAAACAGGAGCAGAAUCGCGUUCACCCAUCAUCUAGUCACUCAUGCUCCAGGACGUCUUUCGCAGAAGGUGCCCCAUGGUGCUCGUCACAAGUGAGAACCAGAAAGAAGAGAAAGCCUUACACUAAGCAACAGCUUAAUGAACUUGAGAAUGAAUUUAUGAUGAAUGAAUUCAUCAACAGACAGAAACGGAAAGAGUUGUCAGAAAAACUGGACCUGAGCGACCAACAAGUGAAAAUAUGGUUUCAGAACCGGAGGAUGAAGAAGAAACGACUGAUGAUGCGCGAACAUGCUUUCUCCGUGUACUGAUGACCUUUGGACUUGAUCAUGACCAGCAGCGCACGGAACAUGUGUUGUACCAUGAAUGUUGCAGCACAUCACAUGUGCACACACUUUUCGGUUUGUGGCAUGAACUUGUAUAGAUAGGCUGUGUAUAAAAUGUUUAUAUCCCUGCCAUGAGGCUACAGUUUGUAUCCAGUCCCAAGUUCAGUGAUAUUAAUAGUAAUGAAAAUGUAUUGCAGAUUAAGAUAUAAUCGAUUCAUUUCUGAUAUUGAAAUCAAAUGUGCAGUAUAGGCCCUGACUCCUGUCUGGCCUGUAGCCGCGGGAUAAUUAACCUUUAAACCUAUGUUUCUUAUCCAGCUCAAAAGUCUAUCAAAACUAUUAGCUAUUUAAACAGGAAUAUGGUUCUAUAUGCGUUUGUGUAUUUUGUAUGCUGGCCUGCGCAUGUGGUGUGGGCCUAAUGUAGAAGCAAACAGUCAAGUUCAUGUUUACGGACGGAUACAACAUUACGUUUUGCGAAAUAUAUUAUUAAAUUGCAUGUCUAUUUCCUAAUUGCUGUUAUUAAAUUGUUAUUAAAUGCUUGAUUUGCCCCCAUUUAUUGUAAAUCUGAUUAAAUGAGCCAAGUAAUAUUGUUUUUGUUCUAUGGCCUCGACUCGAUCUGUGGUGGAAAGUAACUGCGCUGCAUUUAGUGCUAUAAGGUAUUUACUCCAAAUGCCUGAAAAACAAGUGUUUGUGCACGACACAUUCAGAUGGUGUUGGUUUGAACAACCUUAUAACUGUAUUUAAAUAAGAGUGUAUUUUUGUUUUCAAACCUGUUUUUGUAUUGUUAUCCAAACAAAUCAGAUGCAUCAGAAUCACUCUUGCUCUGUAGGUCUAUAAAAUACAUAACAAAUUAAAAAAAUGAAUAUAAAUAAUUUCGGAUUUAACUCAUGUAUACAUCAUCACAGAAAGCAUGUUAUUUGUAAGGAUACCGUUAGACUAGUCAUCUUUUUACGCACGGACAAAGAUUUUGUAAAAUCGACGCAACAUGCAGAUGAAUACAUUUCUAAAUGAAGAAUUUUUAAAUUACCUGAA